AUGCGCGAGAUGGAUGAGUCUUUUUAUGUGGUUUUGACAAUCCAGAGUUGCAAGCGUGGCUUGCCUCUGGUCCCUUUGGUCACAGACGAGUCUCCGACGACCACCAUUGUUGCUGGAGAGAAACUUGGCCUGGAUCGCUGGAUACGUUUCAGUCCCGAGUCUGUUGGCAGCUCAAAGUUCUACCUGUCUGAGUACAUAACAGUCCUCCUGUCCAAUGUUGGGGAGAGUAUCGACGUGUUCAACUCCAUGGACGGACGUACUCUCAUGCCCUAUCAGUGCGUGGUGAGGCGGGAGCAAUGGAUGGCACUGAGGACACGAUUCACUGAAGUCUUCCUCUUGCAGAAAACUGCCUACCGACGUGCAAAUGGCGGGUCCACCGCCCCAAGCAUGCAUGAGGGCGUAGAACCACGAUUCAGUCCAGAUUCCUCAUUGACGCUUCUGAGAGAGCGCUUGACUCAUGGCAAGUCACGGACAACACAACACAGAGUGCUGGUUCGGCGUACGUUUCUGGAGCUAGAGGAGGAGGAAGAUGAGUACAAGUCAAUGGGGAGGGACCAGCGCCGGCACAAGACGACAACUGUACUGCCAGCCGAGUCCCCAAUUCUUGCUGCCUGA